AUGUCUCAAGCAAUUUUGGACCAGCAUGAAGACCAGAGGAAUAACGGCUGGAACUUCUCAUCUGUUGAGCAACAGCAAGGAGGGAGAUCAUUGGAUUAUGAGGAAAAAUAUGCACCUGACCCUCUUGGUAAGGAGAUGAGUGACAAUGCCCGAGUGUUUAAGGUCUACUUGGAUGAGGCAGAAAGUCAUGAUGAUGAUAUGGUGGGAGGCUUCAAGGAAACAAUUGAUUCACUGCUGGUAUUUGUAUUAGAGACUUUUACUGACCCUGAACAGGCAGCACUUUUCUCUGGUGUUAUAACAUCCUUUAUCAUUGCAACUAUAACUUCUGUUCAACCAGACUAUUCACAAAUAGCUGCAAUCCUGUUAGUUGAGCAGGUUCAACUCCUCAGGGCUGCUGGAAAUUCCACAGCAAUCAGUGCCAUUCCCAAAUCCUCUGUGGAUCUGGGAAAUGCUUCAGUGGAUACUCAUGAUCUUUGGAUCAAUGGUCUAUUUCUUGCAAGCUUGUGA